AUGGACACGGGCAUCAUCGGUCCUGUGACCGUCAUGAAGCAUUUCGUCGCUCAAUUCGGCAACCAGUCAGCCACCGUCCACGGUCUGAUCGUAUCCUCCAUUCUCAUUCCGGCUGCGAUAUCCUCAUUCUUCGCGGCUUAUUUGGCAGAUCGACUAGGACGACCAUCGGGAAUUAGCAUUGGUGCUUUAAGCUUCGGUAUCGGGGCUGCUCUGGAAGCUGCAGCAGUCCAUUUGGCUAUGUUUGUCGUGGGAAGGUGUAUUGAGGGGAUUGGGGAGGGAUUGUAUCUGGGAACUUUGGUUGUGUAUAUCUGUGAAAUCUCGCCGACCAGCGUCCGGAGUGCGCUGACGACCGGCCCUCAAUUGCUCAUUACGCUCGGUCUGGUGAUGGGUUUCUUCACCUGUUAUGGAACUUCACGUAUCGACUCGUCAUUUUCAUGGCGGACACCGUUUCUCAUCCUAGCCUGCUUCUCGGCCGUCUUCUCGGUCGCUGCGUACCUAUAA